AUGUCGACGUGGAGGAUGUUCUCCGACGCCGGCAACUCUUUCCGAUGGGAAAAAAUCUCCAAAGAAGAAGCAGCAGAACCAAAUGGAAGAAACUGUACCGGCCGAGCUCAACAACCAGCUCCCGAAUGCCUUCCUUCCAUGGCCGACCUAUUGCUACAAGGUUAUUCGAAGUUAAUUGAAGCUCGACAGGGUAAUUCGGACCAUUCCUCGAAAUUUAGGACCGGUUUGGGCAAACCGGUUUCAGUGAAGCAAUCUUCGGUGUCAAAAGCGUUAGCUCUUCUUGGCGUUGAAAGGGAAGGGAAGGAGGAGGUUGUGGUCAAGGAUAAAGGGUUUUCGAGAUUCAUAAAUGAGGUUCAACCUUCCAGCAGUAUUUCUGAUGAAGUCCCAUUGUUUAGGACGGGAAUGGGGACGUCUGUCGGGGUGAAGCAGUCUUCCAUUGCAAGAGCUUUAGCAAUUCUUGGCGAUGAUGAAGGAGAUGAAGUCCUUCCUCGAACAGGCCAGGGGAAAGGAGAAGGGAAUGGAAUGGGAGUUUCAGAUAGCACCACGUCGUGGUUUGAUUCAGGAAAAGCCUUCAAGAGGUCAAAAUCUGUAUAUCAGGCUGAAAAGGAGAAAGCAAAUUGUUCCCCAAAUUCCUUGUUCCAGACUGCCUCAGGUAAGAUGGUCAACAUAUCAUCUGCUGGUCUUCUAAGAGCGAAGAGUUUGUUGGGUUCAGAAGAAUAUGGCCUUCGAAGGAACUUUGAAGACCUUCAGCAGACUUCAUAUGAACCCAUUGCUGCCAAAAGUCCAUUGCCUUUGCAACUUGAAGAAGGCCAUGAUUCAAUCUUUCAAAUAUGUCCUUUAGAAAACAAAUUUAGUUCUUUAAGACAUGAUCCAGAAGGGGUAGUUACAGAUUUUGUGCAAACUCCUGUAAAACCACCUACAAUAAAGUUUCAAACUGCUGGUGGGAGAUCAAUAUCCGUUUCGAGUGAUGCCCUGCAACGUGCAAGGAGCCUACUCGGAGACCAAGAUGCAGGAGUUUUCUCAAGUCAAGGAACUGCAGCGGAUCAGAUGUUUUCAGCUUUUAGGGAUAUAGAAUCUGGGAAGACACCCUCAGAGAAAGAAACUGACCCAAACACUCCAUUUUCAUAUCAGCAGAAAAUGCAAGGCCAAAGUUUGUCAAAGAAUUUCACUUCUCCAUUGAAAUCAUACUCUUGCCAGCAACAAUUUCCAGUUAGCCGCAGUAAUAUUAGUAAAGGGAAUAAUCUGAUCAAGAAGUUUGAUGCAGAGGCAAACGACAGCUUGGAUGGGAAGUGUAAAAGUUUUUCUAACGAGGAAAAUGCUUGUAACAAGAGAAGUCACACCACAAUUCAAGAUCAUCCAGACAAUGGGUUUACCUCUAUAAGAAAUGCUUGUGAAAGGCCGCCUAGAGUGCCACUUUCGGAUAUCUCAAAUAAAACUUCAGUUGAACGUACAAAUAUGAAGUGGAAUUCUGGCGAGAAACGAAGAAUUGGAAGAAAUACUGUAUCUCCCUUCAAGAGACCCCGGAGUUCAUUUGUUACCCCUCUUAGCAAAAGCAAUUCAUCCAUUUUAAAGGGGAGUUCAGCUUUAUCAACCAAAGAAACUGCUUCCAAGGGACGGGUUUCAACCCGAUACCCUUUUCAAAUUUCUAGGUUGUACAUGAAGGAAUAUCUUGGGGAGCCUCCAUCCUGUAAAAGCAAGACAGAGAAAUUGUCACAUCAAAUAAGGACUAUGAAUCCAGAAGUGGCCGAAAAAUACAUGUUCAGCGAUGACCUUCAUUCAUGUUGCACUGGAGCAGAAAGCUUUUACCAUAUGCUGAUUCAGUCUGGAGCUUCUCAGCAAUAUAUCUCAAAAGCGUGGGUCGCAAAUCACUACAAAUGGAUUGUUUGGAAACUGGCUUCUUAUGAGAGGUGUUAUCCUGCCAAAUUCUGUGGAAAGCUGCUGUCAGUAUCUAAUGUGCUCGAAGAAUUAAAAUAUAGAUACGAGAAGGAAGUGAAUCAUGGUCAUCGAUCUAUUGUGAAGAGAAUUCUAGAAGGAGAUUCCCCACCUUCUACAAGGAUGGUGUUAUGCAUUUCAUCUGUAUUUUUGAGCAGCGCCUUAGAAAAGGUUGGCCAUCAAGCCAUUGCUUCAAAAGGGGCUGAAAGUGAUGCAGUGGCCAAAAUAGAAUUAACUGAUGGAUGGUAUUCUGUCACUGCUAUUCUGGAUGUUCUUCUAUCCAGGAAGUUGGUUGCGGGAAAACUGUUUGUGGGGCAAAAACUCACUAUUUGGGGAGCUGCAUUAUGUGGGUCAGCUGGACCAGUUUCACCACUUGAGGUAUCACAGACCACCAGUUUACUACUUCAUAUAAACGGAACAUACAGAGCUCAUUGGGCUGAUCGAUUAGGAAUCUGUAAGGUUAAUGGCAUACCAUUAGCGUUUAGGUCCAUCAAAUGUAAGGGCGGAGUUAUCCCGAGCACAAUCUUUGGAGUUUUGAGAAUAUAUCCUGUUCUGUACCGAGAAAGGUUACAGGAUGGCAGUGUCAUAGUCAGAUCUGAGAGGAUGCAAGCAAAUCUGUCCCAGUUAUACAACCAGAGGCGCUCUGUUGUGGUUGAAGGCGUAAUGUCUGAAUUCCAGAUGGAAAACAAAAAUCUGGAUGUUGAAGAUGAGAAUGGCUGUGAAGAAGGGGCUAAACUCUUGAAGAUACUUGAGAAAGCUGCCGAACCAGAACUGUUAAUGGCUGAGAUGACUCCAGAACAACUAAAUUCAUUUGCCACUUAUAAAGCAAAAUUAGAGGCAGAAAGAGAGAACAAGAUGCAGAAAUCUCUUGAAAAGGCUUUGGAAGCUGCUGGCUUAAGUGGCAGAGAAUUUACACCAUUCAUGAGAGUCAGAGUUGUUGGCUUGGCUAGUAAAACAUUUCCUAAAAAGUGCAUACGGCAGAUAGGCCUGAUCACAAUCUGGAAUCCAACUGAGAAACAGCAACUGGAGUUAGUUGAGGGCAGGGCUUAUGUUGCUUCGUGGCUCACACCUUUAACCUCUGAUCCAAAUACUCUUCAUUUGCAAACUAAAGGAUCAAGUACAAAAUGGAUACCUUUGUCUCCAUCAGCAACUGAAUGCUUCCAGCCGUUCUUCAAUCCCCGCAGGUCAAUUAUGCUGUCUCAUUUGGGUGAAGUUUCUCUAUCUAGUGAAUUUGACAUUGCUGCAUAUGUUGUUUAUGUGGGAGAUGUAUAUACCUCAUCCCGCCAAAAGAAGCAGUGGGUUUUUGUGGCUGAUGGUUCGCCACAUGAGUUACAUACUAUGGAACCUUUGGAAUCCCUACUGGCAAUAAGUUUUUGCAUACCAUCUAGUGAAAGUGAUCUUUUCGCGCCAGUUAACUCUAAUCUAGCAGGAUCCACGGUUGGUUUCUGUAAUCUGAUCAAGAGAGCAAAAGACCACUUAAACAAUGUUUGGGUGGCGGAAGCAACAGAAAGUUCAACAUACACGUUGAAUUUUGAUCAAACUUACUUCUCACAUCUGAAAGAUGCAGCCUCUUUAGCCCAGAAUUGGGCAACGAACUCCAAUUUGAAAAUUGGAAGCCUUAAGAGGAGAGUUCUAUCCAUCAUUAGCAACUCUAAUGCCUAA